UCCGGAGGUGGAGGCGACGGGACCGGAAGCAGGUCGCGUUUCCAAGAUGGCGACUCCCUAUGUGACUGAUGAGACCGGAAAAUACAUCGCUUCCACACAACGUCCGGAUGGAACUUGGAGGAAGCAGAGGAAAGUGAAGGAAGGCUAUAUCCCCCAAGAAGAGGUGCCUGUGUACGAGAAUAAAUACGUGAAAUUCUUCAAAAGUAAACCAGAACUACCUCCAGGCCUGAAUGCAGAGGUCAGUGCCCCAGUGGCCAAGCAACCUGCAAAAGGACCAGAGGCGUGAGGCCGAGGACUCUCCAAGGCGGUGACCAAGAGGAACCUAAAAGCGCCAAGGAGAGGAAGCAACAGCAGAGAAAAAAGGAGCCUUGAUGCCGGUGGCCUCAAGUCAAUGAGAGAAGAUACCCUGUCGGCGAUGGCGGGCAGCAGCAGAGACGGCCCGCUGGCUGGGCAGGCUGGCCGUGCCAGGCCCCCGGCUAGCAGCGGCGGCAGCCUGACGUCUAUAGAUGCACCCUCACAGAGAACCAAGAAGGUAAAAAACCUGAAAAAAAUUGCGGCAGGUGGAGGAGGUUGCAGGUGCGGAUUGACUCUGGGGAAGAUCAAGCAGCCGACCAAAGAGCAGUUGGACAAGCUGGCUCGAAGGAAAGCUUUGGAAGAGGAACUCGAGGACCUGGAGUUGGAUUUGUAACGGUGACUGGACAUUAAGCGUGCGUAGGAACAAACCGUCCCCAGGGGACCAUGUUCUGAGAACUGUGUCGCACAGACCAGAAGAUGCUGUCUUCAGGCUCUCCUCGCUUUGCCACACCUGUUUUAUUUUUUAUGUUGGGUGCUGUGGAAUUUUUUUGAAAGCCAUAGCUCCCAGCUGUCGAUGUGUUAGAUACUCAAGGACUACUCUGCCUCCUCCUGACUCCUCUUCUCUUCCCCCUCCCUCCAGUGGUGUGAGUGGCUGUCUGGGAGCAUCCCAGUGUAAGGUGCGGGGAGAGGGGGACGGCUUUCGAAGGCACCAGAGCGGGUGGAGUGUCCCAUGUCUUCUCCCCGCUCCCAUGUAGGUUUUUGGACACCAUAUUUCUCUGUAACUGACACUCCACCCUUACACCCAUCCUUCCACUCCUCAUUUUAAAAAAGAUGCAAUAAAAAAUUGCAGUAGUGAUCUCU